GGGGUUCAGGUUACAUCCCAGAGCAGUCCCGAGCGCGGGAGAGAGAGGAAUAGAGUCGGGAGCGGAUUUUGCACUCUGAGCCGGGAAACCCGAGUCCCUGAAGCGCGUCGGACAGCUCACCGCCCCUGCCCCCACCCCCAGCCCCGCCCAGCCCAGCCCUGCGGUCGGGAUGGACUGCUGCACGGAGAGCGCUUGUUCCAAGCCGGACGAUGACAUCUUGGACAUCCCUUUGGACGAUCCUGGCGCCAACGCGGCAGCUGCCAAAAUCCAGGCGAGUUUCCGGGGCCACAUGGCGCGGAAGAAGAUCAAGAGUGGGGAGCGAGCACGAAAGGGCCCAGGCCCCGGGGGUGCGGGCGGCUCUGGGGGCGCCCGGGGGGGCGCGGGAGGCGGCCCCAGCGGAGACUAAGCCAGGUGAACUGACUGUUUUCUAAGUUCCCUAGGUGAGAUGGAUGCCACGUCCCCUUCGCAGUGACAAGACUUCCCUGCAAUGUUUGUGACUCCUUCCCCCACCUCUCCUGCCAGCCUCAGGAGCCCACACGCCACCGGGAGACCCCUCCCCUUCAGGCCGGCUCCAUUCCGGAGUCACUCUACCUGUUCGCCAGUCUAAAAAGGGACCUGAUUUCCCUAUCUUCUUCACUCGUCUGUCCUUUCCUCCUCCUCCUCGUUCUGCCUAACCCGCUCCACCUCCGCAGCGCAGCCGCCCUGCAUGAACUCACCACCAACUUUGCUAAGCUCCUCUCUUAGCUUUCUCUCUGCGGAUUGCUGAGGGCGCCCCCAAGUAGUCCCUCUGUGUGUGUGCUCCCACUAAGGAAACCCCGUUUGUUUCUGCGGGAAGCCAAGGGGUAUGCCUGCCCCCACCCCCUCUCACUGUGCUGCUGUAACCAUCCCCACCCAGCCCACCCAAGCUCCAAGACUUUGGGCCUUCUGCUCCUCCACAAGCAGUCUCCAGUUUACACACUCGGGGUGAGGGGAGGCUUUUGGGGGUGCCGGAACCCUUUCUUUCUGGGCCCGAUCCUACUCUGGUUGGUGGGGGGAGGAGCGGGUUCCCGUUCCAGAGGUCCCCUGAAGUGACGGUGAUUGCACGCCCAGUCCCACACCUGCCUGUAAUCUCCCAGUCCUGAGCCCAGUCCACAACCCUAUCCCCCUUGCCUUGACUGCUGCGCAUCCCGGGACCACCUCUCCAACUCUCUUCUUGUUAUGCAAACUCCUAGGCCGAGGUGUUUGAGAGGCGGUGUGGGGGGAGUCAGAAGCUGCCCCGCCCCCUGCCCUGCCCUGCCCUGCCCUAACCGCCCAGCCCCCAGCCGGGCUCCUGGGGCUGUGGCAGAAGGGUUUUUAAAUUUUCGUGUGUGCAUGUGACCGCUCUGGGUUGGAAUGUGAACAAUAAAGAGGAAUGUCCAAGUG